GCGAGGUUUUGUAACCUUUCCUGGCAAUUUUAGAUUUUGUGUGGGAUUUCCUGUCUAGAAGCAGAUACGAAGAUUUUAGACUGUUCCAAGAUGUUUCCUUCAUUCGUAAACACAUUUUUAAUAUAUUUGAGCCUACAUUUAAACCACUACUUCCACGAAUGAUUUUAGUCUUGCGGAUAAACGCUUGCAUUUCACAGGCGCCUGUUAGUGCCUAGUGAAAGGUGUAUGUGGUAGCAGCCUCAUUGUGGAGAGGUGACUUGUUAUGGCAAGGACCAGAGCAUAGGCUUUUGCAAUUUUAAUUUCCUGCCUUAGCGUUAAAUAGUGCGCGUUCUAUAUUGAGCUGUUGCUGCUGUUGCUGAUGUGGCUUUAUGAAAGUUACAAAUUAUAAUACUGUGGUAGAAGCAAACUCUGAUUCAGACGAUGAAGACAAACUCCAUAUUGUGGAAGAAGAAAGCAUCACAGAUGCAGCUGACUGUGAAGGUGCCGUGCCAGAAGACGACCUGCCAACAGACCAGACAGUGUUACCAGGGAGGAGCGACAGGGAAGGCAAUGCUAAGAACUGCUGGGAAGAGGAUGGAAAGGAAGUGCGUGGAAUCCUGGGGCCUGACGCUCGGGGAGGUGAUGCAGGGUGUGCAGUAAAAGAUGAUGAAUGUGACUCAGAUGCCGAAAAUGAGCAAAACCAUGAUCCCAAUGUUGAAGAGUUCCUGCAACAGCAAGACACUGCUGUCAUUUAUCCUGAGGCACCCGAAGAGGACCAGCGGCAGGGCACACCGGAAGCCAGUGGUCAUGAGGAAAAUGGAACACCAGAUGCAUUUUCCCAACUACUCACCUGCCCAUAUUGUGAUAGAGGCUAUAAGCGGUUUACCUCUCUGAAAGAACACAUUAAAUAUCGCCAUGAAAAGAAUGAAGAUAACUUCAGUUGCUCCCUCUGCAGUUACACCUUUGCUUACAGAACCCAACUUGAACGUCACAUGACGUCACAUAAAUCAGGAAGAGAUCAAAGGCAUGUGACGCAGUCUGGGGGUAAUCGCAAAUUCAAGUGCACUGAAUGUGGAAAAGCUUUCAAAUACAAGCAUCACCUAAAAGAGCACUUAAGAAUCCACAGUGGAGAGAAGCCAUAUGAAUGCCCAAACUGCAAGAAACGUUUUUCCCAUUCUGGUUCCUACAGCUCACACAUAAGCAGUAAGAAGUGCAUCAGCUUGAUGCCUGUGAACGGGCGGCCAAGAACGGGACUCAAGACAUCUCAGUGCUCCUCACCACCACUCUCAGCCUCACCAGGCAGUCCCACACGCCCACAGAUACGGCAGAAGAUAGAGAAUAAACCCCUUCAAGAACAACUUUCUGUAAACCAAAUCAAAACUGAACCUGUGGAUUAUGAGUUCAAACCCAUAGUGGUUGCUUCAGGAAUCAACUGUUCAACCCCUUUGCAAAAUGGGGUUUUCAGUGGUGGUGGCCCAUUGCAGGCAACCAGUUCUCCUCAGGGCGUGGUGCAGGCUGUCGUUCUGCCAACAGUUGGUUUGGUAUCUCCCAUCAGUAUCAAUUUAAGUGAUAUUCAGAAUGUACUUAAAGUGGCAGUAGAUGGUAAUGUAAUAAGACAAGUUUUGGAGAAUAAUCAAGCCAAUCUUGCAUCCAAAGAACAAGAAACAAUCAAUGCCCCAUCCAUACAGCAAGGUGGCCAUUCUGUUAUUUCAGCCAUCAGUCUUCCUUUAGUUGACCAAGAUGGAACAACCAAAAUUAUCAUCAACUACAGUCUUGAGCAACCUAGCCAACUUCAAGUUGUUCCUCAAAAUUUGAAGAAAGAAAUUCCAGCCCCUACAAACAGCUGCAAAAGUGAGAAGUUGCCAGAAGAUCUCACCGUGAAAUCCGAGAAAGACAAAGGCUUUGAAGGGGGUGUGGAUGAGAGCACUUGCCUUCUGUGUGAUGACUGUCCAGGAGACCUUAAUGCACUUCCAGAAUUAAAGCACUAUGGCCCGGAGCAGCCUGCUCAGCCCCCACUUCCCGCCCCCGGAAGUGAGAAGCCCGAGUCCUCUGUGUCCUCAGCCACUGGAGAUGGCAGUUUGUCUCCCAGCCAGCCACCUUUAAAGAACCUCUUAUCUCUCCUCAAAGCCUACUAUGCUCUGAAUGCACAGCCAAGUGCGGAAGAGCUCUCAAAAAUUGCUGACUCUGUAAACCUUCCCUUGGAUGUAGUAAAGAAGUGGUUUGAAAAGAUGCAAGCUGGACAGGUUUCAGUACAGUCUUCUGAGCCAUCUUCUCCAGAGCCGGGCAAGGUGAGCACCCCUGCAAAGACCAGCGAGCAGCCCCAAUCCACAAACAUGGGUGAAGCCCAGGAGGACAGCACAAGAAGUCUACAGAGUCCUCCGAAGAUGACGGACUCGCCAGUCUUACCAGUGGGGCCUGCCAUUAAUGGUUCCCACAGUCGUACGCCAUCCCCAUCACCUCUAAACCUUUCCUCAGCCAGAACCACGCAGGGCUACUCGUGCCCAGAGGGCACACAGGAAGAGCCCCAAGUAGAACCUCUUGAUCUCUCACUACCAAAGCAGCAGGGAGAGCUAUUGGAAAGGUCAACAAUCACUAGUGUUUACCAGAACAGUGUUUAUUCUGUCCAGGAAGAACCCUUGAACUUGUCUUGUGCAAAAAAGGAGCCACAAAAGGACAGCUGUGUUACAGACUCAGAACCAGUUGUAAAUGUAAUCCCACCAAGUGCCAACCCCAUAAACAUUGCUAUUCCUACAGUUACUGCCCAGUUACCCACAAUCGUGGCCAUUGCUGACCAGAACAGUGUUCCAUGCUUACGUGCACUUGCUGCCAAUAAGCAGACGAUUCUGAUUCCCCAGGUGGCUUACACGUACUCCACCACAGUCGGCCCUGCUGUGCAGGAGCCGCCCCUGAAAGUGAUCCAGCCAAAUGGAAGUCAGGAUGAAAGGCAGGAUACCAGCUCAGAAGGAGUAUCCAAUGUGGAGGAUCAGAAUGACUCAGAUUCUACACCACCCAAGAAGAAAGUGCGAAAGACAGAAAAUGGAAUGUAUGCCUGUGACUUAUGUGAUAAGAUAUUUCAGAAGAGCAGCUCUUUAUUGAGACAUAAAUAUGAGCAUACAGGUAAAAGACCUCACGAGUGUGGAAUCUGCAAAAAGGCAUUUAAACACAAACAUCAUUUGAUUGAACACAUGCGAUUGCAUUCUGGAGAAAAACCCUACCAGUGCGACAAGUGUGGAAAGCGCUUCUCACACUCUGGAUCUUAUUCUCAGCACAUGAAUCACCGCUAUUCCUACUGCAAAAGAGAAGCAGAAGAGCGAGACAGCACGGAGCAGGAGGAGGCUGGGCCUGAAGUCCUGAGCAGUGAGCAUGUCGGGGCCAGGGCGUCUCCCUCCCAGGCCGACUCAGAUGAGAGAGAGAGUCUGACAAGAGAAGAGGAUGAAGACAGCGAAAAAGAGGAAGAGGAGGAGGAGGAUAAGGAGAUGGAAGAAUUGCAGGAAGAAAAGGAAUGUGAAAAACCACAAGAGGACGAGGAAGACGAGGAGGAGGAGGAAGAGGAGAUAGAGGAGGAAGAGCUGGAUGAGGCAGAGAGUGAAGAAGGGACAAACACUGAGGGUCCAGUGAAGGAAAGUGGGGCUGGGAGCCAAGCCAGCAGCUGCGAACAGAAAGUCACCAAGAGCAGUGAGCAAGUAUCUGAAGAAAAAACAAAUGAAGCCUAGUAGUUUUCUAGAAGGAAAAUAAGAUCUACCGGUAAUGAAGUUUGCUCUAUAUUAUUCACGCUUUUCAUGGAAGCACAGUGCCCUGUACUGUGGCUUCUGCUCACUACUGUGUAAUGUCAGAACUAAAAAUACAAAAUACAAAAAAAAAAAAAAUCCAGGUGUGCCUGAACCUCAGACCUAGUAAUUUUUCAUGCAGUUUUCAAAGUUAGGAAAAAGUUUGUAACGUGAAACAGAUUAGAAAAGUUUAAUGACUCAGAAAGCAAAGCUAUAACAGGUUAAAGAAAUGAGAUAAGAUCUGGCGUUGUUUGAUUUUUAUCAGUAUUAUCACUCUUAAGUUGAUUCAUUCUUAAGCUGUACAACUGGGAGAAAUUUUAUAAUUUUUUAUUGAUAAACAUAUGUUAAAUCCGCUUCAGUAUUUUAUUAUGUUUUUUAAAAUGUGAGAACUUCUGCACUACAAAAUUCCCUUCACAGAGAAGUAUAAAGCAGUUCCAAACCAUGCCGGCUACCUUUUACAAAGUCAAUCUGAAAGGUAGUACUUUCUCAUAUUUAGAUGUCAUAGUGAAGCAUAUUAUCAUUUAAUGCAUAUUGCUAGCCUUAAGGAAACAGCCGAUAGAAGAACUGAAGUUUCUACUUGUGAUUUUAAAUGAAGUUCAAAGGAUGCCCCUGAGUUCCCAUUGCAGGCGUGGCAAGGAUGGCAGAGUGGGCAGGAUCAGUGUUCGUGAUUGGGUCGUGUAUGUGGUAGUAAACAUGAAGGGCAUGUUGUGAAGCCUUGUAUCUCCUUUGGCCUUAAGCAAGACCUGUGUGCUGUAAGCGCCAUUGUCAGUCUUGUUCAGGCUCCACCUGCCUUCGUCAGUGUGUGGCCUACAAUAACUAGCAUUUGUUGACGUUUUUUGUCACAUCAAAAUUCCCCAAUAAAACUUAAAACCACUGACUCUGUCAGAGAGACUGAAGCACUGGCACAUUCACUUUAGUUCCUCAGUAUCCAUUCUGUGUUAACCAAUCUUCGGAAUCUCUCUACAGAAAUGAAAGGGAAGUUUCCAGUCUGCUUCGUCCAUGUACUUGCAUUUCAGACGUGGACAUGCCACUGCUAUUUGGCUCAUAACUGUUUCCAAAUGUUAGUUAUUAUGGCAGUUUAUUAACAACAUUAGCUCAUUUUACCUAUCAGUAUUAUUUUAUUUCUUUUAGUUUAUAGAUCUGUGCAACAUUUUUGUACUGUACGUCUUCAAACCUGGCAGUAUUAAUACCCUUCUUACUGACAUAUGUACUUUUAGUUUUAGAAAACUUUUAUAUUUAUGUGUCUUAUUUUUAUAUUUCUUUAUUUAUUACACAGUGUAGUGUAUAAUACUGUAGUUUGUAUUAAUACAAUAAUAUAUUUUAGUAUGAAAAUUUGGAAAGUUGAUAAGAUUUAAAGUAGAGAUGCAAUUGGUUCUCUUACAUUGAGAUUUGAUUUAACAGUGUUAUGUUAACAUUUAUACUUGCCUUGGACUGUAGAACAGAAUUUAAAUGGGAAUGUAUUAGUUUUACAAUUACAAUCAAGUCAUUUUACCUUUACCCGGUUUUUAAUAUAAAACUCUUACAUUUUGGAAUUCACUGUGUGACUAAUAGCAUGACGCCCUGCGGUUUAUGAAGGGAUUAGCCUCACCAUAAACUCAUUUCCUUAGCAAGCCAAAUUAGAACUACCUUAUAUAAACAGUGUUGGGAACAAUGUUUAACAUUUUGUGCCAAUUUGUUCCUGUAUUCAUGUAUGUAAGCUACCAAUCCCACUCUUCGUUUUUAAGUUCCUUGUUACACCAUGGUCAUUUUCUAGUUUUUUACCAGACUCCCCCAGCUCACAAUAAAAUGCAUCAACAAGCCUGA